GCCCCGGGAGAAGAUGCCGGCCAUCCUGGUCGCCUCCAAAAUGAAGUCGGGACUGCCCAAACCCGUGCACAGCGCCGCGCCCAUCCUGCACGUGCCCCCAGCCCGGGCCGGCCCCCAGCCCUGCUACCUCAAGCUGGGAAGCAAGGUGGAGGUGAGCAAGACUACCUACCCUAGCCAGAUCCCCCUGAAAUCCCAGGGGCUGCAGGAGCCGGCGGGGGAGGGGCUCCCGCUGCGGAAGAGCGGCUCGGUGGAAAACGGGUUCGAUACCCAGAUCUACACGGACUGGGCCAAUCAUUAUUUAGCCAAGUCGGGCCACAAACGUCUCAUCAAGGACCUCCAGCAAGAUGUGACAGACGGCGUCCUCCUGGCUCAGAUUAUCCAGGUUGUGGCCAAUGAGAAGAUUGAAGACAUCAAUGGCUGUCCCAAGAACAGAUCACAAAUGAUUGAAAACAUAGAUGCCUGCUUGAAUUUCCUGGCAGCUAAGGGAAUAAACAUCCAGGGGCUGUCUGCAGAAGAAAUCAGGAAUGGCAACCUCAAGGCCAUCCUAGGCCUCUUCUUCAGCCUGUCCCGGUACAAACAGCAGCAGCAGCAGCCCCAGAAGCAGCACCUCCCUGCUCCACUGCCGCCUGCCGCGUCCCAGGCGGCCGGGGCCCCCUCCCAGUGCCAGGCUGGCACUCUUCAGCAACAGGUGCCGGCCACUCCCCAAGCCCCGGGCCAGCCUCUCCAGCCAGCGCCACAUCAGCAGUCAAAAGCACAAGCCGAAAUGCAGUCCAGUGCAUCAUCCAAGGACUCCUCUCAAAGCAAAAUCAUCCGCUUCACUCUGGGUCAGAAAAAGAUCUCUAGGCUUCCAGGUCCUACUGCAAGGGUAUCCACUGCAGGCAGUGAAGCCAAAACACGUGGAGGGUCAGCCACUGCCAACAACCGACGCAGCCAGAGCUUUAACAACUAUGACAAGUCCAAACCGGUCACCUCCCCACUUCCACCACCACCGCCAAGCAGCCACGAGAAAGAGCCAUUGGCGAGCCCAGCCUCCUCCCACCCCGGAAUGAGUGAAAAUGCACCUGUUCCUCUGGAAAGUGGCAGCAGCCCCUCCCCUGCUAACAGCGGCGCCUCCUCGGCCAUCCCCCAGCCCGGUGCUGCCUCCAAGCCCUGGCGCAGCAAGUCGGUCAGCGUGAAGCACAGUGCCACGCCGUCCAUGCUCUCGGUCAAGCAGCCCGUGCCCGAGGCCCCCAGGCCCAGCCCCGAAGCCAUGAAGCCAGCCCCCAACAGUCAGAGGUCCAUGCUGGAAAAACUAAAGCUUUUCAACAGCAAAGGGGGUUCCAAGGCAGGCGAGGGCCCGGGGUCGCGGGACACGAGCUGUGAGCGGCUCGAGAUUCUACCCAGCUUUGAAGAGAGCGAAGAGACGGAAGCCACCAGUCGCUCGCUGUCCACGACGGGUCCCGCUUCCAACAGCCCCAAGAUCGCCCUCAAGGGCAUCGCCCAGAGAACUUUUAGCCGGGCGCUGACCACCAAGAAGAGUUCCCCGAAAGGCAACGAGAAGGAAAAGGAGAAACAACAGCGGGAGAAGGAAAAGGAGAAAAGCAAGGACCUCGCCAAGAGAGCCUCUGUGACAGAAAGGCCGGACCUCAAAGAGGGGCCGAAAGAAGACCCCAGCGGGGCGGUGGUGACCGAGAUGCCAAAAAAGUCCUCCAAGAUCGCCAGCUUCAUCCCCAAGGGGGGGAAGCUCAACAGUGCCAAGAAGGAGGCCACAGCCCCUUCCCACAGUGGAAUACCAAAACCAGGAAUGAAGAGCAUGCCCGGGAAGUCCCCAAGUGCCCCUGCCCCUUCCAAGGAGGGGGAGCGGAGCCGGGGUGGGAAGCCGAGCUCGGGGCUCCCCCAGCAGAAGCCCCAGCUGGAUGGCAGACACUCCAGUUCCUCCUCCAGCCUGGCGUCCUCAGAAGGAAGAGGCCCUGGAGGGACCACCCUGAACCACAGCAUCAGCAGCCAGACCGUCAGCGGGUCCGUCGGGACCACCCAGACCACAGGAAGCAAUACCGUCAGUGUUCAGCUACCUCAGCCCCAGCAGCAAUACAACCAUCCCAACACUGCCACCGUCGCGCCUUUCCUGUACAGGUCCCAGACAGACACCGAAGGGAAUGUUACUGCUGAAUCCAGCUCCGCGGGCGUGAGCAUGGAACCCACCCACUACACUAAGAGUGGACAGCCUGCUCUGGAGGAGCUCACUGGGGAAGACCCUGAAGCUCGACGGCUGCGAACAGUGAAGAACAUCGCUGACCUGCGGCAGAACUUGGAGGAGACCAUGUCUAGUUUACGGGGAACUCAGGUCACACACAGCACAUUGGAAACCACAUUUGACACCAACGUCACCACGGAGAUAAGUGGGCGCAGUAUCCUCAGCCUGACAGGCAGACCCACUCCUCUGUCCUGGAGACUCGGCCAGUCCAGCCCCCGGCUCCAAGCGGGAGAUGCCCCCUCUAUGGGCAACGGGUACCCGCCUCGAGCCAACGCCAGCCGGUUCAUCAACACCGAGUCGGGCCGCUACGUGUACUCUGCCCCUCUGAGGAGGCAGCUGGCCUCCAGGGGAAGCAGCGUCUGCCACGUGGACGUCUCAGACAAGGCAGGAGACGAGAUGGACCUGGAAGGCAUCAGCAUGGACGCCCCCGGCUACAUGAGUGACGGGGACGUUCUGAGCAAGAACAUCCGGACUGAUGACAUCACAAGCGGGUACAUGACCGAUGGUGGACUUGGCCUCUAUACUCGUCGCCUGAACCGGCUCCCUGAUGGGAUGGCUGUGGUGCGGGAGACCCUACAGAGAAAUACCUCCCUGGGCCUCGGAGAUGCCGACAGCUGGGAUGACAGCAGUUCCGUCAGCAGCGGCAUCAGCGACACCAUAGACAACCUCAGCACCGAUGACAUCAACACCAGCUCCUCCAUCAGUUCCUAUGCCAACACACCUGCCUCCUCUCGCAAAAACCUCGAUGUGCAGACCGACGCUGAGAAGCACUCACAGGUGGAGAGGGGUUCCCUGUGGUCGGGCGAUGAUGUCAAGAAGUCAGACGGAGGGUCAGACAGCGGCAUAAAGAUGGAGCCAGGGUCUAAGUGGAGGCGGAAUCCCUCGGACGUGUCUGACGAGUCUGACAAAAGCACGUCGGGCAAGAAGAAUUCUGUCAUCUCCCAGACGGGCUCGUGGCGACGAGGCAUGACGGCUCAGGUGGGCAUCACCAUGCCCAGGACGAAGGCGGCUGCCCCGGCCGGCACGCUCAAGACCCCAGGCACUGGAAAGACAGACGAUGCAAAGGUGUCUGAGAAAGGAAGGCUGUCUCCCAAAGCCUCCCAGGUGAAGCGGUCCCCAUCCGACGCAGGCCGCAGCAGUGGUGAUGAGUCCAAGAAGUCCCUCUCGGGCAGCUCCAGGACGCCCACUGCCAAUGCCAACAGCUUUGGGUUCAAGAAGCAGAGCGGCUCGGCCGCUGGUCUGGCCAUGAUCACAGCCAGUGGUGCUACCGUCACCAGCAGGUCGGCCACGCUAGGCAAGAUCCCAAAGUCGUCUGCGCUCGUCGGUCGGUCUACCGGCCGGAAGACGAGCAUGGAUGGGGCUCAGAAUCAGGACGAUGGGUAUCUGGCUCUCAGCUCCCGGACGAACUUGCAGUACCGGAGUUUGCCCAGGCCCAGUAAGUCCGCCAGCCGGAACGGGGCUGGGAACAGGUCUAGCACCAGCAGCAUAGAUUCCAACAUCAGCAGCAAGUCCGCAGGCCUGCCUGUGCCCAAGCUGAGGGAGCCUUCCAAAACGGCCCUGGGCAGUUCUCUGCCGGGUCUGGUCAACCAGACGGAUAAGGAGAAAGGCAUCUCGUCCGACAACGAGAGUGUGGCUUCCUGUAACUCUGUGAAAGUGAACCCAGCAUCCCAGCCUAUGUCCAGUGCGGCUCAGGCUGCUCUCCAGCCAGGGGCCAAGUACCCCGAUGUGGCCUCUCCCACGCUCCGCAGACUCUUUGGUGGGAAGCCGACCAAGCAAGUGCCCAUUGCCACAGCUGAAACCAUGAAAAACUCGGUGGUGAUCUCCAGUCCUCACGCCCCCUCCACCCAGCAAGGUAACUUAGAGUCCCCCUCAGGCAGCGGCGCCCUGAGCAGCGGGAACAGCAGCCCUCUCUACAGUAAGAAUGUGGAUAGCAACCAGUCUCCUCUAGCCUCCAGCCCCAGCUCAGGCCACUCGGGCCCCUCCAACAGCCUCACCUGGGGCACCAAUGCCAGCAGCUCCUCGGCGGUCAGCAAGGACGGCCCGGGCUUCCAGUCCGUCAGCAGCCUCCACACCAGCUGCGAGUCCAUUGACGUCUCCCUGGGCAGCGGAGGGGGCCUGAGUCACAAUUCGUCCACGGGCCUCAUCGCCCCCUCUAAAGACGACUCCCUGACCCCCUUCGUCAGAACCAACAGUGUAAAGACCACACUGUCGGAAAGCCCUCUCUCUUCCCCUGCCGCUAGCCCUAAGUUCUGCAGAAGUACUCUGCCCAGGAAACAGGACAGUGACCCGCACCUUGAUAGGAACACUUUGCCUAAAAAAGGACUCAGGUAUACUCCCACCUCCCAGCUUCGCACACAAGAAGACGCAAAAGAAUGGUUACGGUCCCACUCUGCAGGAGGCCUACAGGACACCGCUGCCAGUUCCCCUUUUUCCUCUGGCUCCAGUGUAACUUCUCCCUCCGGAACAAGAUUCAACUUUUCCCAGCUUGCAAGUCCCACCACUGUUACCCAGAUGAGCUUGUCCAACCCAACCAUGCUGAGGACCCACAGCCUCUCCAAUGCCGAUGGGCAGUAUGACCCGUACACUGACAGCCGAUUCCGGAAUAGCUCCAUGUCCCUGGAUGAGAAGAGCAGAACCAUGAGCCGCUCGGGUUCAUUCCGGGAUGGGUUUGAAGAAGUUCACGGAUCCUCGCUCUCCUUGGUUUCCAGCACGUCUUCAAUUUAUUCUACGCCAGAAGAAAAAUGCCAGUCAGAGAUUCGCAAGCUGCGGCGGGAGCUGGAUGCCUCACAGGAAAAGGUUUCAGCUUUGACCACCCAGCUGACAGCAAAUGCUCACCUGGUGGCAGCCUUUGAACAGAGUCUUGGAAACAUGACAAUCAGGCUCCAGAGUUUGACCAUGACGGCUGAGCAAAAGGAUUCAGAGCUGAAUGAGUUAAGAAAAACCAUUGAGCUGCUAAAGAAACAGAACGCAGCUGCUCAGGCUGCCAUUAAUGGAGUAAUUAACACACCAGAGCUCAACUGCAAAGGUAUAAAAGCCAUUCCCUGGGACAAAGGACUGGGCUCCAGGCAGCAGCUGCUGAUCUCCUGCCUUGGGUCUCCAGGAAAUGGUACCUCCCAGUCUGCAGACCUCCGCAUCCGCAGACAGCACUCCUCUGACAGCGUCUCCAGCAUCAACAGUGCCACCAGCCACUCCAGUGUGGGCAGCAACAUAGAGAGUGACUCGAAGAAGAAGAAGAGGAAGAAUUGGGUCAAUGAGUUACGCAGCUCCUUCAAGCAAGCCUUCGGGAAGAAGAAGUCCCCCAAGUCUGCAUCCUCUCAUUCAGACAUCGAGGAGAUGACAGAUUCUUCGUUGCCUUCCUCGCCAAAGUUACCACACAAUGGCUCCACGGGUUCCACUCCGCUGCUGAGGGGCUCUCACUCCAACUCCCUAAUUUCAGAGUGCAUGGAUAGUGAAGCCGAGACAGUCAUGCAGCUCCGAAAUGAGCUGAGAGACAAGGAGAUGAAGCUGACAGACAUCCGCCUAGAAGCCCUCAGCUCCGCACACCAGCUCGACCAGCUCCGGGAGGCCAUGAACAGGAUGCAGAGUGAGAUAGAGAAGCUGAAAGCUGAGAACGACCGGCUAAAGUCGGAGUCUCAAGGCAGCGGGUGCAGCCGGGCGCCGUCCCAGGUGUCGCUCUCCGCCUCCCCUAGGCAGUCCAUGGGCCUCUCCCAGCACAGCUUGAACCUCACCGAGUCAACCAGCCUGGACAUGUUGCUGGAUGACACUGGUGAAUGCUCGGCUCGGAAGGAAGGAGGCAGGCAUGUUAAGAUAGUUGUCAGCUUUCAGGAGGAAAUGAAGUGGAAGGAGGAUUCCAGACCACACCUCUUUCUUAUUGGCUGCAUUGGAGUUAGUGGCAAGACGAAGUGGGAUGUGCUCGAUGGGGUGGUUAGACGACUCUUCAAAGAGUACAUCAUUCACGUCGACCCCGUGAGUCAGCUGGGGCUGAAUUCAGAUAGCGUUCUGGGCUACAGCAUUGGGGAAAUCAAGCGCAGCCACACCUCGGAGACCCCCGAGCUUCUUCCCUGUGGCUAUCUGGUCGGAGAGAACACGACCAUCUCCGUGACUGUCAAAGGGCUCGCAGAGAACAGCCUGGACUCGCUGGUGUUCGAAUCCCUGAUCCCCAAGCCCAUCCUGCAGCGCUACGUCUCCCUGCUGGUGGAGCACCGGCGGAUCAUCCUCUCCGGCCCCAGCGGCACCGGGAAAACCUACCUGGCCAACCGGCUGUCCGAGUACCUGGUGCUUCGGGAGGGACGGGAGCUGACAGACGGCGUCAUCGCCACCUUCAACGUGGACCACAAGUCCAGCAAGGAAUUGCGCCAGUACCUGUCCAACCUUGCUGACCAAUGCACCAGCGAGAACAACGCUGCGGACAUGCCCCUCGUCAUCAUCCUGGACAACCUGCAUCACGUCAGCUCCCUGGGCGAGAUCUUCAAUGGGCUGCUCAACUGCAAGGACCAUAAAUGCCCUUACAUAAUUGGCACAAUGAACCAGGCUACCUCUUCUACCCCCAACCUGCAGCUUCACCACAACUUCAGGUGGGUGCUUUGUGCCAACCACACAGAGCCCGUGAAGGGCUUCCUUGGCCGGUUCCUAAGGCGGAAGCUCAUGGAAACAGAGAUCAGUGGGCGGGUACGGAAUGUGGAGCUGGUAAAAAUCAUUGACUGGAUUCCCAAGGUCUGGCAUCACCUCAACCGCUUCCUGGAGGCUCACAGCUCCUCGGAUGUCACCAUAGGCCCCCGGCUCUUCCUGUCCUGCCCCAUCGAUGUGGAUGGCUCGAGGGUGUGGUUCACCGACUUGUGGAACUACUCAAUUAUCCCCUAUCUCCUCGAAGCCGUCAGAGAAGGACUCCAGCUCUACGGAAGGCGGGCCCCCUGGGAGGAUCCUGCCAAGUGGGUGAUGGAGACCUACCCCUGGGCAGCCAGCCCACAGCAACACGAGUGGCCUCCCCUGCUGCAGCUCCGGCCUGAGGACGUCGGCUUUGAUGGCUACUCCAUACCUCGGGAAGGGUCUGCGAGCAAGCAGGUGCCCCCCAGUGACGCUGAAGGAGACCCGCUGAUGAACAUGCUGAUGAGGCUGCAGGAGGCGGCCAACUACUCCAGCCCCCAGAGCUAUGACAGCGACUCCAACAGCAACAGCCAUCACGAUGAUAUCCUGGACUCGUCCCUAGAGUCUACUCUGUGACAGGGGCCAGCCAUGGAGCCCCCCCCCCCCCCCCCCCCCCCCGUCCUUGCCCUGCUCCACCUGCGUCCCCUGCACCAUCCUGAACAUGCCCUCCUGAGCCAGCCCCCCCGGCCGCAGCGUGAGAGCUGCAGGGAUACCCAGACCCCUCAUCCUCCAGCCUUGGCCCCGGGUGCAGGCCUCCCGGGCCGGCCGCCUUGGGACCGCUUCCUUCCACAGUGAGAACUGCACUAUCUUCCGUUUAUUUUAAUUAUCGUUUGCCUUGUUGCUGUGACCUCCCUAAGACACUGAAGACACUUCUCGGGAAAGGAUCGUCACCGUUGAAAUGAAAAGAUUAUAAAGGAAAAAAAAAAAAAAAAAAAAGGAAACCAAGAACCCACUAGAAGCUCUGAAACCAAACAGCAUCCUGCCAAGGAGCUGCCCAGGGCAAAAGAGGCCGGAACCAAGCUGGAAAUGUGGACUCCCUAGCUCCCACUCAGCCCAGAAACCGCAACCGGGUGGUGUCGCCAGCACCCCCGCAUCUGCCUCCCCACCUUCGACCCCGCCGACCCCGGAAGAGAACUGUGUUAACUAGGGCACUACAGAGCUACAACACAGGGAAACCUUAGGGAAAAGCAAAGCGCGCUUGCUGUUUUGUUUUGCUUUUUUAAAUGGUGCUCUCCUUACCCGAGAGGUAUUUUGCCUGUUCCAGUUCAACCACACCUUUCAGAUCCGUCAGCCUCCAGUCGAUCCCUACGCGUGAGCGGAGCGAGCGCGAGCCGAUGUGGCCGCGACGCAGACAGCACGUGUCUACUUCCUCCUUCUCUAGAAAUGAAUCAGGUUUUUCUUUCUGCAAACACUGUGUACAGUGAGAAUUGGUCUAUUUUGGAGAACUGGUUACCCCUUUGCCAGUGAGGUUGAGUUUCCCCCUUUCUGACUCUUUGAUUUUGAAGAUUUCCCCCCACCCCCCAACCCCAGCCCCCCCCCUUUGGUCAGAAUCAGUCCUUUGGUGAAAGAAAGAACCGCAGGAGUUGAGUUUCGGUUUGGUCCUGCUGAGUUCUGGUUUUUCAGUUGUCCAUCCUCACGGUUUUACACCUUGCCGCCUCCUGCUGUGGCCGGGGGGUGGUUGUGUCCUUCCUGGUGGACCAGGACCCCAUCCUCCACGCGUGGGUGAGCCGGGACCUUGCCUUUCCUUCUCGUCCUUGAGGCUUCAGAACGCACAUUGACACCUCAGGCGUGCCAGCCCCAGCCUCAGGUGGGGGUGCUGAGGUCACCUCGCAAAAGACUUGCACUUUCCUCAGAACCAACGUGACGCAACUCAGCAAGGGGCCAGCGGCCGCUCCUUUCCAGAAGCCCCGGCCUCGGUCCGGACGAGUCUUGCCUGACCUCUUCGGUGCUGACCUUCCCAAAGCGAUGCCUUACUGGUUUUGUACUAACCGUGUUCAUUUACAAGUGUUGUGCCUGCCUGGGGUCCAUUUUUUGUUUUCCCCAUCAGCAAACAGGGCUAAAAAGUCAUCUACCCAUUUGGAGGACUCAAGUUGCUGUGACUUUUCUCAUCCAAAAGACUCAUUUGUGUGGAUGUGUGACCAUGAGAAAAAGAAGGAAAAAAAAAAAAAGAAGCAUUUUUUUUUUUUUUUUAGGUUCUUCUCAGUCUCCAGCUAACACUCGGACUGGACAAUGAUCUGUCUUGUGCAGGAAAAGGCAAAAGUUCCUACAAGUUCACAUGACAUUGCUGAUACAUACCCUGCUAGUAUGCAUCUUCAACAUACUGGUAUUUUCUUUACAGAGAGUGGUAAAUCUUUAAGUUGUUUGUUUCUGCUUUAUAAAAAGAAUCUUUAUUGGACCCCAGUGGGGGUGUCUCUGUUAAUGAUCAGGGUUUUUAUUCCAUCUUUCCCAUUCCUAUUUCUGAAGGUCCAUCUCUAUACACUUUCAUUUUCUUAUCACAAGAACUUGACCUGAAACUGCUCACAUGAUAUUGGACGACACCAUUGUCUUCCUCCUUAAAGGAAAAGGAGAAUGUGUCCCACUAGCUGGUGAACGGAAAACCUCUCCGUGCCGACCUUGCUUUAUUCACCGUAAACUCAGACUCUCUUGUGCGCAGCCUUCAUUAGCCAUCUGGGUGUGUGUGUCUUGUUCUGUUGUUGUUGUUUUUUUUUUUUUUCCAUAAAAAUUUGAAACCAUGAAUUUAGCCUGUGACCACGGGCCACACCCUGAGCCUUCUGGUAAACCUGAAGAGUGGUCCUUCUCAAUCUGUUUCCCAACGAUGACCUUACACGCUCAUACUGUGAAUUUGGGAGGAGGUAAAAUGGACUUCUCCUUGGGGGCAGUUUUCCCAGUCACCUUGUGAGUAGACACCUGUCAAUAUUGUUUGAAACUUUUUAACUUUUUUUUUUUUUCUUUUUUAGUGAUACCUUCUCUUUCUCUUCUCCCCUCUCCUACAGACUUCCCUCCCACUGGGUCCAGGCUCAGAACCAAGAUCUCUGUCCCUGGUGCUGCCUGACUAGUGACUGGUGAUUUCAAGUAGCGUAGCCCUUGUGUGAUUCACAACUCCGUGUCCUUCCUAAAGUUUCGGGAAGCAGGGUUGUCUGAUAUGCACAAUUCUUAUUUUGGCCAUAUUUUACUUUAGUGUCACUCACCUUUGACAAAGUGACUUUGUACUCAUUUAGGGCUCUGUCCAAAAUGCUUCCAUUUUGCCUUUUUCUACAGUUAGGCUAAUCUUGAAAUGUAUAAAAUUCUAUGCAACAUUUAUGUUGAGUUACCAAUGGAAGCCAAAAGUCUUCUUCCCAAACUGCCAAGAAUUAUACAGGCCAUAAAUGAGAGGGGAAUAUCUUUUAAUUUAAAUUUGGGGGUGGGGUAGGGGUGGGACAAGGAACGAGACUUACCUAGACCUUUGUUGUGUCUUGGGGACAUUUUUUAUUUUACUGUUGAUGCUUCAACUUCAAAAUUCUGUGUAUUCAAAUUUGAUCGUGGCGAAUCUACUUCAAAAGGAAAAAAUAAUCCAACUUUGUGGAUACUAAAUGGAAGGUUUGCUGUUUUAAUCUAGUUUCCAGUGGAGCAGUUUAUGAAAUAUGUCCUAUAAGAUGUACAUUUUUUCAUUGUAACAUAGAAAUUGUAAAUAAUUGAUUAAAGUGCUGCAUUUUGAUGAAUUUUUUCUAGCCAUUUUUAAAGAGAAAACUAGGAAUUGAGUAUUUUGUGUACGGUAUGUUUCCUUCCUCCUUCCCUCCCUCCCUCCCUAUUUAAUUUUCAUUUGUCAUGAGGUUUUUGGAUUUGCCAAUGAUCUACUGGAGAUCAUGCCCCACGUCAUAGAGAAUAAAGCUGAUGAUUGUACCAGUCUUAAAUUAUUCAUGAUUCAAUAAAAUUGAUGCUUAUUUAUUCAGA